UGCACCCCCAAUCCCCCCGUCUCUGCUCUGGGCCUCGGGUCCCUCUCCAGCUCCGGCUCCGCCUCACCCCACGCCUCUGUGUCCUGCCUGUGCCCAACCUGUAUCUGUCUCUGAGUGUCCGUCUCGGCUGAGCCUCCAGACGGCUGUCUCUUCUAGGCCUCUUUUCCUCCCUCCGUCUCUCUGCAUGUCUCUGCCCUUUGGUUUCUGGUCUCUUGCUGUGUGUCUCAUGGUCACUCCGUCUUGCGUCUCUCUACUCCUGUCUCCUGUGUCUCUGUCUUUCUGGGGCUCUGUCUCAGAUCCCCCUCGCCUCCCCUUUCCCUGCACUGUGAGUGCCCCCGGGGAGGAGCCAGAGAGUAUUGGGGUUAGAACAAAGGAUUUUCAGGCAUCUGGACCCCUGCCGAUCUAAGCCCAGGGUCUGAUGCCUCUCGGGUCCCUAGGUAUUUGGAUGCUGGGAGGGCUUGUCACGAGGACUGUGGGCUUUAUCUGAACAUAUGGGGAAAGUUUUGUAAGGUCGGGCUCCUAUCUGCAUCUGGGAAACCUUUUGGGCUGAAAGAAUGGGAACUCAGAUGGGCGUUUCAAGCUCCCCCACAGCCUUGGCUGACAGUUUCUACUCGCUCCUCUCCUUGGUGAUCCGCAGGUCCCCCGGGGUCUGUAGGUCUAGACUCUGAGUGACACUGACGCUUCUGCCCAGCGCAGUUCUAGGGCAACAGCCCCCUCGGCAAACACCCUCCCUUCCACCGCCGCUGCCCCAGCAACAGUUGGGGGCGGCCGGAGCCUCGCGCUUAGGUUCCCGGUUCCAGCCACCGCCGGAGGCCACGCCCGUCCCACCGGCUCCGCCCCGCCCCAAUCCGGAGGCGGCCGGGCCUCCAGCGCACCUGUAGGAAUCCCUAAGGCGAGUGGGCGCUGGGUUGGAGUCCCAGGGCGAAGGGCGGAGGGGGCUGACUUUGUCCUGGGACCCUCCAGCCCCUCCUCCGCCCUCGUGAUGCUGAACUCUUGGCCCUUACGGGCGCUGCUGCUGCUGUCGCUAUGGGGGCUGCCGCUGCGGAGGGCGGAGACAGGUUCUGGGGGACAAACGGCGGGGGAGCUGUACCAGCGCUGGGAACGGUACCGCCGGGAGUGCCAGGAGACCCUGGACGCCGCGGAGCCGCCCUCAGGCCUCGCCUGCAACGGGUCCUUCGAUAUGUACGUCUGCUGGGACUAUGCUGCCCCCAACACCACUGCCCGUGCGUCGUGCCCCUGGUACCUGCCCUGGUACCGGCAAGUGGCUACAGGCUUUGUCCUCCGAUGGUGUGGCAGCGAUGGCCAGUGGGGACCUUGGAGAGAUCAUACUCAGUGUGAGAAUCCAGAGAAAAACGGGGUGUUUCAGGACCAGAAGCUGAUCUUGGAGCGGCUGCAGGUGGUAUACACCAUUGGCUACUCCCUGUCCUUUGCCACACUGCUGCUAGCCCUGCUCAUCUUGAGUUUCUUCAGGCGGCUCCGCUGCACUCGUAAUUACAUCCACAUCAACCUGUUCACGUCCUUCAUGCUGCGUGCGGCAGCCAUCCUCACCCGAGACCGCCUCCUGCCUCCGCCUCGGCCCUACCCUGGGGAUCAGACCCCUAUCACGUGGAACAAGGCCCUAGCCGCCUGCCGCACGGCCCAGAUCGUGACCCAGUACUGCGUGGGUGCCAACUACACGUGGCUGCUGGUGGAGGGCGUGUACCUGCACCGGCUCCUGGUGCUCGUGGGCGGCUCAGAGGAGGGCCAUUUCCGGGGCUACCUGCUCUUCGGCUGGGGGGCCCCCGCGCUUUUCGUCAUUCCCUGGGUGAUCGUCAGGUACCUGUACGAGAACACGCAGUGCUGGGAGCGGAACGAUGUCAAGGCCAUUUGGUGGAUCAUACGCACUCCCAUCCUCGUAACCAUCUUGAUUAAUUUCCUCAUCUUCAUGCGCAUUCUUGGCCUCCUUGUGUCCAAGCUGAGGAUGCGGCAGAUGCGCUGUCCGGACUAUCGGCUGAGGCUGGCUCGCUCCACGCUCACUCUGGUACCUCUGCUGGGCGUGCACGAGGUGGUGUUCGCUCCGGUGACCGAGGAACAGGCCCGGGGCACCCUGCGCUUUGCCAAGCUGGGCUUUGAGAUCUUCCUCAGCUCCUUCCAGGGCUUUCUGGUCAGCGUCCUCUACUGCUUCAUCAACAAGGAGGUGCAGACAGAGAUCCGCCGGGGCUGGCACCACUGUCGCCUGCGCUACAGCCUCAGUGACGCGCACCGCCAGCGCCCAGAGCGCGUCUCCCGGGGCUCUGGCCCCGCCGAUGUCCCCAUUCAUCACGCCUUGUCCUCGAAGUCGCUUCCAGGGCCUGGAGAGGAGGCCUUGGAAAGUUACUGCUAGCAACAGGGGAGGUCGUGUCUGUUCAGUAUUGAGGGCCGGCUGUGUACCUGACCCGAUGUGGGGGACGCUGGGGAAAUGGCGAAGGAAACAAAGACAAAGUCCUUGCCCUCCUGGAGAUGACAAUGUACAGGGGAAACUGACUGUGAACACAGAACAUCAAGUUACAUGUUCUGUGCAGCGGUCAUGAGAAUUUGGGCGGCCCUGGGGGCCUGGGAGGCCAUCUCUGAGGAGGUGACAUCGAAGCCAUGCCCGAGAGGUGGAGACAACUUUGUGGAGAACUGGAGGACAAGUUUCUAGGCAGAAGGUGAGGCACAUGCAGGACGGGGUCUGUCUGUGGUGCUCGAGGCUGGAGUGGAGAAGUCUGAGCCCACAGGAGGGAGAGAAGUGAGCAGGGGCGCAGUGUGGAAAGCUUGCUUGGGGCACUAGCGAGCUCAGCAGGAGCAUCCCAUGGGCCAGCCUUUUCCACAGAUCCCUUUGCCUCUGCCUUGGGGAUCAUCAGAGGGGUGGAAGCCAGGAGCCAGCUCAGUGAGGAGGGCACUGCAGGACGAUAGUGGCUGCAUAGAUGGAGGCCUUGGAGGGUGAGGAGCUAUUUUCAAGGUUCUGAGUGACUUUGUGAGGAAAGCACAGCAGAGACAGGGCAGGGGCAUCAUUUGGGGUGCAUGAGAAAGGGGGGAGACUGGGUUCAGGGCUGGGGCAGAAUGAAUGCUCUUGGUAUGUGUAAGGCUGGCAUCACCUGUAGGGUAUUCCCGGGGAGUGGAUGUGAGGUGAACCCCAACACACAUGAGGGGCCUGGGAUGCAGAGGACCUGGGCUGCAGAUCCUCAGGCAGUUCCAGGCAGGUCUCAGAGCCGAAACGCCUCUGAGCAGCCAGACCACUGCUAGCUGGGGCAUGAUGCAGCCCUACCCUCCUGAGAUGGGGUCCCUGGGAACUGGGAGAAAGGGGGGUGAAGCCCAAAGCCUCAUCCUGGCUGGACCCCUGGUCCACAUGUAAGACCCCACUCCUGAACCCCCACACAACACACACUCGGCAUCUUGGGCCCUCCAGCUCCCUGGAUGGAUGUGCCCCACAGCUGGACUUGGAGCCUUUUCAAGCUUACGCCCCUGCCGUACUCCGAACUGCACCCCUUUGCAUUUAGGUGGGGUGGGGCCUAAGGCUAGGGUCCAGGAGACACUGUUGCUUUUUAAAUUUCUGGGGUGGGAGAAUCUCCGUGGCUGGGCCAUAGAGGGAAAUGACAGGUGGGCUGUAUGGCUGGUGGGGGUUCACGGUGGCCUUGCUUAACUUCAGCCAUGUCACAAGGAAAUGUGGACGCUAUGCCGCCACACUGCCCCUGCCCAAGAGAAUCCCCAAUUGGACUAUUCUAUGUACUCUCCUGAUACUGAACUAUCUAAGAUAUAUACACAGAUUUACAUUA